CUUGACUUUCAUAUCUGAAAAUUGAAAAGCGGGAUUUCCUUUUUAUACCUUUUUUUUUUUUUUUCAAUGGGUUCUUUUUCUUUUUAAGCCUUUUUCUUUGUCUCGCCAUUUUUCUGGGCUUGGGUCACUUUUUGUGUUCAAAAUAUCGACUUGUAUUACAUGUUAAGGCUCUGUUUCUUUACUCGGAAAGCGGACUAGUCAAAACGGAUUUUUUUGUUCAACUAUGCAUUUUUUUCUGUUCAGUUUUUAUUUUUUUAUUUUUUGAAUUUAAUUUUCUUUUGGGCAAACAGGAGAAAAAAGAAAGUUUAAAGCUUUCACUAACCAUUUCUUCUUUUGUUUCUUAAGCCAAUAAGAGCAUGAUUUUUAACCAUUUUUUUUCUAUCUUUGAAUUGCCACUUAACACAUAUGCCAUGUUUUGAGCAAAUGAGAUGGCACAUCAAUUCCUCUAUUUUGGGACAUUUAUAAUUUCAUGAUUUGUGGGGUUUUUUUUUGGUUCCUUUCAAUCUUUGAAGAUAUACGACUGUUACUAACUUUUGUGUGUGCCCAUAUAUACACAUACAUAUUACGCUAUUAAUUUAUAAUAGUAUUUUUACGUAUAUACGCAUGCGUUUUUCGUUACCGAUUUUCAUUUUUUUUUUUAAAAGAAGUUUUGUACUUUGCUUUAAAUUUAAUUCCUUUAGAGUAACUCUGAGGUUCUCUUUUUCGAAUUUCUUGGUUGCUAGGCGUGUUCUGUCAUUGAUUUCCUUAGCCUCUGCAACUUGGGAUUCUGAUCACACAUCAAUGGUGUCUUGGAAUUUUGCUUCGGAAGGCAAAGCCCUUUUGUUUUCUGACGAUAUAGAUUGGUCUGAUGCAUUUUCUAGAAACAGAAAAGCGCUAAUCCAAUGCGAAAAUGGGCUCGUGCCUGGUAGAGAAUCAGUGGAGAGCUUGGAAUACAUGGAGUUGGGUUUCCCUGAGAUGUUGAGAAAAACUAUUCAGAGUAGCCAAGGACUUGAGAUGUUAUGUGGUGGUGAGGUGGGUAAUGGCUCCUUUCACAGAGCAGCUUCUCCUGCUUGCUUGAUUUCACCAAACUCAUCACUUGUUGAAGAUGAAUCUGGGUCAAACUCUAAGGUUUCGAGCUCUUUUAUGGAAUUUAACAGCCAAGAUUCACCGUUGAUUGCUUUGAAGCUAGGUAGAUUCGGUGAUUGUAGAAACUCUCAGAAUAGUGAACAUCCGAAAGAUAAAACAGUUUCAUCUCCCUCCUUGGUGGUAAAGAGAGCCCGGAUAAGGGGAUCAUAUUCUCAAACUCCCUUUUGUCAAGUUCAUGGUUGUAAUAUGGAUCUUAGUACCUCAAAAGAUUACCAUAAAAAGCAUAAAGUUUGUGAUGUUCACUCUAAAACCUCCAAAGUCAUUCUUAAUGGCAUUGAGCAAAGGUUUUGUCAGCAGUGCAGCAGGUUUCAUCUACUAGCGGAAUUUGAUGAUGGCAAGCGCAGUUGCCGUAGGCGCCUGGUAGGGCAUAACGAACGUCGAAGGAAACCUCAAUUGGAUGGUCUCUCUGACAAACCACAUAAGUUUUCACAUGCAUAUCAAGCAGGCACCAGAUAUCCUGGAACGUCCUUGCAAAAGCGAACACCUUUUGUAUUUUCUGAUAUACUUCCAGGUGUCAUUCUGUCUCCUGAAAAAUUCGAACAAGCUAACCCGUUUGGACACAUCAAAUUUGAAGAGGAGCCUAUUUACAGUCCCCAGUUAACAAUACCUGUCAAGAAUGCGCAAAUGUUUUCAAAUUCUUUAAUCCAUCCUCAUUCUUCUGGAGUUCCUUCAUCAGAAACUGAAGACUAUUGUUUUCAUACAGCAGCAACCAUUCACAAAACAUCUGGGGCCUCAAACUCCGCCUGUGCUCUCUCUCUUCUGUCAGCUCAUUCACAUAACUUCUCAAGCCACUCCGCAGGAAUUCCUAACGAAAGCCCCAUGACUAUUCAAGGUUCCCAUCAAACAAUUAGUCAACUUUCCGAGAAACCUUUGAGGUUAAGAUCAAUGGAAAGACAUGGAUCAAAUGGAUUCUAUUCUUGUGGGAUGAAUCCCAUUGGAGUAGACCAGUUUGAACCUACAGUGUUUACUGAAACCAGUCAAACUGCUGACUUUGAAGUACCUGCAGAUAGGAGUUUUCAAAAUUCCAACUGUUUAGACACCAAGUAUUCUCUUUCGCUUGAACAUGAAUCAACGGUUGAUUUGCUUCAAUUGUCAUCCCAUCUUCAAAGGGUGGAGCAUCAGAGAAAUUUUAUGCCAGUAAAACAGGAAAAUGAAGACUUCUGCUGUUUCCCAACUGCGUAAAGAAUGCAAAAGCAAUAGGUAAAGUGGAGAUUGUUUGUGGACUCCAUCAUCAGAUUUCGUAAACUAACUUCAUUGGUGCAAUACAUAAAAAAAAAUGGCGGUAGCUUUAGAUAGCACUUGUAGUGACUUUUUUUUAUUAUUCGCUUGAAGAAGAAAAUUGCAAAAGCGACAUCUAGUUUUUGCUGAUGUAUAUUGUUUUGUCAAAGUUAAUUUUUUAUUCUGUAGGUCUCUUUUACUCUCUUAUAAGUACUUUUAUUCACCUUACUAGCAAAAUAUCUUAUGCUAACCUAGACAUUCCAAUUGUUGAAGGAAAAUUUCACAUUUUAUGCAUCA